AUGGCAUACAAGUUAUGGAAUGACUGGGAAGCUUCAGUGGAUUACAUCUGGUCAACUACACAACUGUUACAUUGCAGAAUUAUUGACAAGGCCUCAGGGAGAAGUGUGUUUGUCACUUUUGUGUAUGGUGAUACAUCAGUAAUUAAAAGGAAAUCCCUCUGGGACUCUCUGAGGACGCUAGCAAGAACUAUUGACCAUGGUUGGCUUGUCCUGGGUGAUUUCAAUUCGUACCUUAAUCCUAAAGAUAAGAUAGGAGGAGCACCCCCUGGUAAUCAGACGAUGUCGCAUUUUAGAACUUGCCUAAACUCUUGUGAUUUGUUGGAACUGCCGGUUGUUGGGGAUAAGUUUACGUGGGAGAGAGAAGGAGUCAGAGAAAGAUUGGAUUGGGCCUUUUGCAACUUUGAUUGGGAGAUCUCUCAUCCUCAUUUUAAAUGCUUUCACCAACUCAGGUUUAAAUCUGAUCAUCGAGUCAUUAUGGUCACUGGUGAAAAUACUCCCAUAAAGAGUGGACCGCAUCCCUUCAUGUAUCAGGCAGCUUGGUGCCUGGAGGAGGAUUUCAAAGACCUAGUUAGAUGUUCUUGGGAGAACAGGCAUUGGCAGGAAGGACAACAAGUCUUUAGGAAGCGGGCAAUGACCUGGAAUGAGAAAAAAGUGGGGAAUAUUCCCAAAAAGAAAAAGGAAAUUAUUCGAAGGCUGGAGGACAUUGACAGGGUAAGGAACACGAGCACUUGUAAUAGGCUGGCUAGACUGGAACAGAAACUCUGGCGCGAUUAUAGCAAAUUAAAUCAGCAAGAGGAAAUAAUCUGGUUUCAGAAAUCUAGGUGCCAGUGGAUCCAGUUUGGUGACAGGAACUCCAGUUUUUUCCAUGCAACCUGUGUGAUGAAGAGAAAAAGAAACAGGAUUGAAGCUCUGGAAGACAACUGUGGGAAUUGGGUGACAGAUCAGGAGGGUAUGAGAAGCUUGGCAUUAGAGUUUUACAGGAACCUAUACACCAGAGACCCAAGUGUCAGAUUGGUGAAUACUUGGCCAGUGAACUUUCCUUCACUUACGGCGGAACAGCUCAAUGUCAUUCAAAGGGACCUGUCUACAAUUGAAAUUAAGAACGCAGCGUUCGAGAUAGGAGCCUUUAAAGCACCAGGUCCAAAUGGCUAG